UUUCGAAAGAAAAAACAUCAUUAGUGAUUCAAAUACGAGGAUUUUUUAUGCUUGCAAUGGUUGUCGAUGAAGAAGAUCUCAAGUUCACAAACAUGACUACAGGGAGUAUCGAUACGUGACGUGUCAAAUUAAUAACCGUAAGAUGAGAUUACUUUUGAAGUCAAAGAAUGGGUUGAUGAUGUCAGAUAUUGAAAGGGAAACAGCUAAUAAAUUUUGAAAAAUAGUCAAAGCAUCGUCGGCAAUGACUCAGAACCCCGUCGAUUCUCUCAUCUAUUAACUUUGGCGGUUAACUACACGCUGGAACUGAGUCAUACUAUCCUCAUAUUCGUCACUCGAGUUUCCACGCGCGUGUACAACACUUUCUAAAAUAUCUCAAAUAACCCGUUAAUAUACGUCACGCGGUGAUAGUGAGAGUGGGCAAGGCAAGCCUAUCACGUGUAUCAAUCUAUCUAUCAUCGCGUUUUUUUAUAGGUGGAAACAGUAACAUAUAAAUAUAAUUUCAAACGAGGACUCAAAACUUUUCCAAAUAGCAAACAAGGACCUCUCUCAAAACACCUAUAAAAAACUUCGUAUUUUUCAUUGUUCAUCAUCAAAACAACACCAAUUGUGUUAUAUCUCCUUUUUAUUUUUCGUUAUUCUAAACAUGACUGUUUGCAUCGACCAACCUCAAACAGAUUCCGAGGUGGUGGAAAAUAAGAACUAUAGUAACAAUAAUAAUAAUACCAAUGAAUUGGUAUUAGAUGGAGGGUUUGUAGUGCCUGAUAAUGUGGCUAGUGGUGGUUUUGAUGCCCCAGAAAUCAAUGCAUUUGGUCACACAUUCAGAGAUUAUGACGUCGAGAGUAAAAGACAGAAGCAAGUGGAAGAAUGCUAUAGGAUGAAUCACAUUAACCAAACAUAUGAAUUUGUGAAGAAAAUGAGAGAAGAGUAUAAGAAAUUGGAUAAGCUUGAAAUGAGUAUAUGGGAAUGUUGUGAAUUAUUGAAUGAAGUCGUAGACGAUAGUGAUCCUGAUUUGGAUGAACCACAAAUCGAGCAUUUGUUACAGACAGCUGAAGCCAUUCGUAAAGAUUAUCCAAAUGAAGAUUGGCUUCAUUUGACUGCCCUUAUUCAUGACCUUGGAAAAGUUCUACUCUUGCCAAAAUUUGGAGAGCUACCCCAGUGGGCAGUUGUGGGUGACACACAUCCUCUUGGUUGUGCUUUUGAUGAAUCAAUUAUUCAUCAUAAGUAUUUCAAGGAAAACCCUGAUGUUAAGAAUCCUGUUUAUCAAACUAAGAAUGGGAUUUAUUCCGAAGGAUGUGGACUAGAUAAUGUGAUGAUUUCAUGGGGCCAUGAUGAUUAUAUGUACUUGGUAGCAAAGGAAAAUGGGACUACGUUGCCUCAAGCUGGAUUAUUUGUCAUUCGUUACCAUUCUUUCUAUCCAAUGCAUCGUUCUGGAGCUUAUAAGCAUUUGAUGAAUGAGGAAGAUGUUGAGAACUUGAAAUGGCUUCAAAUCUUCAAUAAGUAUGAUCUUUAUAGUAAAAGUAAAGUCCGUGUUGAUGUUGAAAAGGUGAAGCCUUACUACCAAUCACUCAUUCAAAAGUAUUUCCCAGAAAAGCUAAGAUGGUGAAGCAAGUUUCUACAAAAGAUUGAUACGAGAAAAAGUGAUGAUUUAUUGAAGGAACAUUGUUGUACUACACUGCAAUUUGUAGUGUUGCUAUCUAUUUUAUAAGAGAGUUGGGAAAUGGGAAGUUUGUUAAUACUUUUUUGUUUUUUAUCCAUUGAAAGAUUUCUUUUCAAAUUAAUUGAAUCUGUUAUCUGUGUAAUAAUUUUUCAUGUUUGCUUCGGUAAAUUUAUAUUCAAGUGCCAUUUUCCCCAAACAAUACCAGACAAAGAAGCUUGUUAACGUUUCGAAUACGCUAAAAUUACAUAUAGGACAUUGUUGUCAUUUUCGUGGCCAUGAAAUCAAUCUAUUUCAUAUCAUC